AUGGCUGACGAGGGUGCCUCCCCCCGGGAGCUGGUCGUGGAAGCCUGCCGCCGAGAUCAGCCACAGCUGAUCGAGCAAGUUCUUAAUGAUAUGGAGAGCAAGACCAACGAGGAGGUAGCUCAAUUUUUUAAUGAGGUUACGGACGCAAUGGGGAACCAUGCUUUACACAUCUGCGCCACGUACGGUAGCUAUGACACUAUGGACUCCCUUUUUGACAUCCAGUUCUUUGAAUGUGACCCUUUGACCCGUCUUGACAAGGACACGCCACUACACGUUGCCGUACGCUACGCCAAUGAUAAAGAUGCCGAGUUGGGCCAUGAAAUGGUCAAGAUGAUGUGCGAGGCUGGCUGUGACCCCCGAGUGCGGAACAAGCAUAACCAAAAACCUGCCGACUUGGUCUUUAACAACGCGGCUAUUAAGCAGACUCUCCAGCAGAAUGAGUACAUCUUGACUGAGGGUAUGCAAACUCAGAACAAUGACUCUGAGCAUGAUAGUGCCAGUGAUAGCGAGUAG